CACUUGUCUCUCGGUGUCGACACGAUUCAGUGUUGAACGAACUUUUGCUGUGUCCAGUCAACGUGAAUCGCGAGUGCUGCCUACCGUGUAAACGCCGUGUAUUAAACUGAAAACAAAAACAAACACAUUGAGGGAACUCAGUGAGGAUUGUACUUACAUACACUCGCAGCUUUGUCGUCGUGUCGUGUUUAUCCGGAGCCUACGUUACUCGCUUGAGCUUAGUGUUGUUUGUGUAUUUGCUCGCCUGUCUGUUCGCUUGAGUCAGGUCUGCAGCAGUGAAGUGAAAACAAGUUUUGCGCCCCAACUUCAACGCGUCCGCCUAGUUGGUAGGUGUUUUGGACUAUCGUCGUUGUUGCCUUUAUUAUUGUUGUUGUUCGCUGAUUGAACACAGCUCGGUUUACCUGCGCCUACUGACUGGCGCGCUCUGCGCUCGGAGUAUGUAAUUCGCUCGUUCGUUGCUAGUUCUCUUGCUGCUCUAAAUUCGCCAGUGCAUUCGCGUUUGUACAUUUUUUUUUUGUUUUUUUGUGUUGUUGCCGUUAUUGCUGCUAACUUGCAAUCUGAGCCUUUUCGGUUCGGCUGCUGUUGUUGUUGCUGCUGCCGCUGCUACAGCUGAGUUUUGUGUUUUGUUCAACAGUGCAGGCGCUUCUCUUCAAUAUAAUUACAAUAAAAUAUGUAUAUGUACGUACGUAUACACGUAUAAAUAAAUUAAUAUAACAUAAGCAGAGCUCGUUUGUGAAGUUUAAUCAAAAUAAAUAUGCAAAUCUCAUAAAAUAAUUAACAUCUCUCCUGUCAUCCGUCGCGAAUGUCUGUUGUACAAAUAUACCUUCAUACAAAUGUGAAUGCAAUAGCAUACGUAAAUAAUAUAAAUAAAUAAAUAAGUGUUUGCCAAAGUGUUCAAGUGUGCAAAAAACAACAAUCAAACUCACUACAACAACACAUGCGUCUUUGAUUAAAUGAAUUAAGUCAGCUACAACUACACUUAUAUAUUUCUUGACUGAUGGAAAGAGCAAAUCUUCAAUGAAAAACAAAAAUAAUUAAAAUCAAAUCUAUACAAAAUUGGAUACGAGAAUGGAAAUUGGAAACAAAACAACCGAAAAUCAAAAACAGGUAUGAUAGGAGAAGUGCACGGCUGGUUAAUAAACAACAACAAAUUACAAAGGCAGCAGAUAAUUGAAAAAUUAAAUCAACUAUUGCGCUGCGCAGUUGCAUGUAAUUUUGCAAUUAUCACUUUUCAUUUUCACCUACUGCCAUAUCAGAGGUAAAUUACCGGCAAACAACAAAACGCUUGAGCACAUAUUAUGAGUGAUUGUGAAUAUACAAGUGUUAUCUGUACAUGUGUGUGUGAACGCGAUUACUUGGCCUUUGCGAACGUUGAUUGCGAUUGCAGCGCCUAAAAUAAAAGCGAACGAAGAAAUCGCCAUUAAUUCCUACACUAGAGGCAUUACGGUCCUCAGUACAACACAGUUAACUUCAACAAAAACAACAACCAUAAGAAAAAGAAAUAAAUAUAAUAUUCAAUAGAGUGCUCACUGUUAUUGUUGUAUUGUUCAUGCUGUUCUUGUUGCUGCCGCUGUCAGCGUACACGCAUUUCGCACCAUAUUUGGCUGCUCGCACGAGAUUAUCUCGUACACAUCCUGCUGCAUCACAUCACCGCAGUCUCGCAGUUUUGCUGAUUGCAUGGCAUUACAAUUUUAAAUCAACUACACCGAUUUCUUUCCCUCAAAAGCCACACAAUGUCAGCGCCACACAUUUUGAGUAGAAGUGCAGCAGCAAGCACAGCGCGUGCAUUACUAUUCUUGUUGUUGCUUAGUUGUCAACGUAUUGCGGGUAUUUUGGGCAAAUCACAGCUGUGCGAAGUUGAAACGGGACAAACGAAUAUUAUACUGGAUAUUGAAGAGAGUCGGGGUGAUUUUAUUGGCCAACAAACCACGCCGCCGGAGUUGCCAAUUUACGGUGAUCCCUACACGGAAAUUGCACUGGAUCUAGUCUUCCCAAAGGGGAAUCCGACAUUCCUGCUGGACGGCAAAAAAUUGCAGCUGCUGCAGCCGCUCGAUCGCGAUGAGGAGAAUCUGAGUCACAUUGUCUUUCAGGUUUCCUGUUCGAUUCGCAACGCAACCAACAAGCGACGCAGCAUUCCGAUUAUUGUGCGCGUAUCUGAUGUCAACGACAAUGCGCCGCGCUUCAUGAACACACCCUAUGAGGUCACCGUGCCGGAGAGCACUCCGGUUGGCACGACGAUCUUCCGCCACAUUCAGGCGCUGGACAAGGAUGCUGGUGUUAAUGGACUCGUCGAGUAUUUUAUUGUUGAGGGCAACACAAACACAACGGAAGAUGAGACAAUGACAAUUGCCGAUGGUUAUGGUACAUUUGCAAUUUCCUUUCCCCAUCAAGGGCAGGUGACUGUCGCCAAAACGCUGGAUUACGAGAAGGUGCAACGAUAUUAUCUAACAAUCGUCGCAGCGGACCGCGCACGCAACGUUUCGGAGCGCCUCUCCUCGACCACCACGCUGACGGUGAACGUAGCCGAUUCGGACGACCAGGAUCCAUCGUUUAUUUAUCGCGGCUGCGUGCUGCUCGAUGGCGCCUGCAUCAAUCCCGAGUACUCCGCCUCGGUGCCGGCUGGGUCGCUGCAAGGUGUGCUCACCGUUACGCCAGAACGCAUACAGGCCGUUGACUUGGACACGAUCAGUUCGCCAAUACACUACUCCUUCGCCAGCGGCAUGCCAAACAAUUAUGCAGAUUACUUUGAGAUUGAUGAGCAGACGGGCGUACUAAAGCAGAUCAAAGCGGUGGACACCUCGACCGCCAAGAAGUAUGAUAUUGUCGUAAAAGCCGAGGAAGUAUCAAUGGCAAAACGAUUUACCACCGCCAAGUUGACGAUCAAUGUGAAGCCCGUCGAUGCCAAUCCACCAGUUAUAAGUGCCAGCGAUAUUGACGGCUAUGUUGACGAGAACUCACCAAUCAGCACACGUGUCGUUGACGCAAAUGGUCGUCCGAUCACUUUUAAGACCACGGACGCCGAUUUGGGGGACGAUGAUCCCAAACCCGAUUAUAUUUACGAGCUCACAACGCCAUCUUUUAACGUUACCAACGACGGUAUUUUGAUUGUCAAUGAGGAGGGUUUGGAUCGCGAUCCACCAGCACCCGGACGCUAUAAGUUCCAAGUGGUUGCACGUGAACCGCGCACCAAUGCAGCCAGUGCGCCACUCAGCCUUACUGUACAUCUACGGGAUGUGAACGACAACCCGCCCAAGCUCGCAAUGGUGCCACCAAUCACGAUUACCGCCGGUGAUGGUCAACGCAAUGUCACUAAGGUGACUGCAACCGACAAUGAUGAAGGCGAAAAUGCCAUAAUCACUUAUUCCAUCUAUCAUGUAUCCAACAACGGACAACAGAAGUUCCACAUCGACGAGAAGACCGGUGAGAUAGAGACGAGAGGUCGCUUAUUGGCAGGCGAACAGUAUAGCAUAACAGUGCAGGCAACAGAUAAUGGUGGGCUUUCUUCCCAAGCUAUUGUCGAAAUCGCCGUAACACCAGGACCGAAUACGAAACCGCCAAAGUUCGUCAAACCCAUCUAUGAGGUGCAAGUUAGCGAAGGUGCUGAGAUCAAUUCCACCGUAACGGUAGUGCAUGCCGAAGAUCCGGAGAAUGAUCCGGUGGUGUACUCAAUCGUUUCGGGCAACGAUUUGCGGCAAUUCGCUGUGGGUCAAGAAAGUGGUGUCAUUAUGGUGAUACGCAAAUUAGAUCGUGAAAGUCUCACACGCUAUCAACUUACUGUGUUAGCCGAAGAUAAUGGCGGUCUAUCGAGCAGUGCCACGGUGAAUAUCAAGGUAACCGAUAUCAAUGACAAAAACCCCGAGUUCGAUGAGUCUACACUACCAUACGUAUUCGAAGUGGAUGAAGGCCAGAAGGAUGCUUUUGUGGGCAUUGUACAUGCUACCGAUGCAGAUGAGGGUAUCAACGCUGAGAUCACUUACUCCGUGCCACAAGACAUACCCUUCGCCAUCGACGGUAAGUCGGGCGAGAUACGGACCGCCGCGCCUUUGGAUUAUGAGCGCCAGAAAGAGUACCGCUUCGUGGUGACCGCCAAGGAUGGUGCGCCAGAUGCGCGCCUCGGUACGGCAAGCGUUACAGUGCAGGUGCGUGAUCUGCCCGAUGAGGUGCCGAAGUUCACGGAUGCACGCAUUGAUGUGCAUGUGCCCGAGAAUGAGGCCGACUACUUGGUAGCUACCGUACAAGCUGUCGAUCCGGAUACGGUACAGCAAAUCACUUACGUGCUACGCAAAGGUGCAUCUGAGCUCUUCAAGGUGUCGCCACAUACAGGUGAAAUACGCACCACCACUGGGUUGGAUUAUGAGAAGAAGAAGCAGCAUGAACUUAUUGUUGGCACAAUUGAGAAUGAUGGCGAUGGACCCGGUGACACGAUACGUAUAUUUAUCGAAGUUGAUGAUCGCAACGAUGUGCGUCCGGUCUUUGCGGCCGUACCGGAACCUGUUACGGUUAACGACGAUCAAUCGAUCGGUACGCGGAUAGCUACAAUGGCGGCUAUAGAUGGUGAUGGCUCAUCGCCUGGCAAUGUGGUGCGCUACGAGAUGGUCGGACGUGGCAAGGCGUUAAAGUAUUUCCAAGUGGAUGCCGACUCGGGUACCGUGCGUAUAAGAGAUGAUUUGCGGAAAGAGGAGGACACCGAAUAUCAGGUGGAUAUACGCGCUUACGAUAUGGGUGAACCACAGCUGAGUUCCGUAGCCACCUUGCCGGUGUUCGUACGUCAUCUGUUGAUCGAUCCGAACGAGAGCAAUACGAUGGAGGGUAAACUGAAUGACGGUACCAUAAUGAGUCCAGAGAGCAUAGGUUUGGCUUUCAGCGAUGACAGCUAUACGACCGGCGUGCCAGAGACUACCGGCAUAAAUGCAACAAUUAAAGUGAUACAAGUUAUUAAUUCGAAGAAGUCGCGCGACGGCAUGCCGAGCUUUAAGUGUGAAAUAGUUAACGGCAAUGAUAUGGACUACUUCGAUAUAAUGACCGAAGAUCACGGUUGUGGUGUUAAAUUAAUAAAGCAUCUCGAUUUUGAGAAUACCACCGCCUACUCGUUGAGCAUACGCCUCAUUUCACAUAAAUACUUCGUGAAUCCGCAAAGAAGCAUGGCUACGGUGAAAAUAAUUGUGCAGGAUGAAAACGACAAUGCGCCCGAGUUCAUUUUCAAUCGUGCGCACCCCACACGUAAAGAUACUUUCUACGCGGUGGUGGCUCCCGAAGUGGACAUCGACACACCGAUCCUGCAAGUGCGCGCCACUGAUCGGGAUUCCGGUAAAUACGGCAUGAUACGUUACAAGAUUUACGAUGAAGAGGACAAUGUAAUCAGCGAUGAAAAUUUGCCCACAACCUACUUCGUCAUGACCGAAGAUACCGGCAUCCUACGCACGGCCAAACUCUUCCAAGAUGGUGCGACGUUCCCCAUGAUGUUCUACGUGGAAGCGCGCGAUAACGACGGUCAAGAGCUGGGCUCCCAUCACACACGCGCGCGCAUUGUGAUCAAUCAGAUUAACGAUCAGCAUCGCAUGUCUUUGGUUUUCUCCGAUUCGGCGCCAAAUGAGAUACGCAAUCACUACAGCGCCUUGGAAGAGCUACUGGAAGAGAAGACCAAUGGACUCAUAAGCGGGAUAGAGCGCUUCAGUAAUCGUAAAAUUUUGACAGAGAAUGGCACGAUCAUUGAAAACCCCGCCGCAACGGAUGUCUGGUUCUACUUGAUCGAUCCUAAAACAGAGCAGAUACUCCCGCGCAAUGAUACCAUUGUGCGUGAGGCGUUGCUGGAACCGACAGCGCGCGCUGAGCUCAACUUUGCCGCUUCGGGUGUGGCGCAUGCGACCGCUGAGGGUAUAUAUGCGCCCAUUGAGAUGAAGCAGCAAGUGACCAGGGUUAAAGCGGCUAUAGCGAUCAACGAUGACGUAUUCCCCUACACGCUAAUCGCCAUCUCUAUAAUCAUACUCAUACUGGGCACAAUCGGCAUCAUCUACAUUUGCAUCUCGUGGUCGAAGUACAAGAACUUCAAACAGCGCAUGCGCCAAUACGCCGCGCCCAGCCCCACGCGCUACGACCCGGUAAUUGUAAAUUCGCAAGCGGCCAACUCCGGCGAUGCCGUCACCAACAUGAAAGAGUAUGAGACGCAAGUACUGGCCAUGGCUGUGCCGCCAGAUGGCGAUGAUGAUCUUCAGUUGGACUUUAGCGCCAAGAAUCAUGCCUUCUCGCUGGACAAUGUCAGCUACAUUACGCACAAAGAGAACGGUACGAGCGGCGGUCAAGCCAGUCCAUCGCAUUCGGAUGCAACCACCGCCACAAUCACCACUUUGCGUCGCAAUAACAAUAACAACAAUUUGAAUAAUAUGGCGCAUAAUAAUAGCAAUAAUAAUAAUAACAACAACAACAUGAACGGCAUGAAUAAUCGCCAGAACACAUUCAACCGAACGCUGGAAAUGAAUGCGCGCAACAAUGCCAACCCGCUAGCGGCGGCCGCAAAUGGCACGCUGCCUGGCACUUUGACGCUGGGUCGUCUCAAGCAUCAAAAUGGCGCAACCCACUAUCAGAACGGUGGCUACAAGCUAGACGCUGUGAGUCGCAAUAACUUGGCGAAUCUACAGAACAAUAGCUACAGCACAAUGGGUCGGCGGGGAAAUACAUUUGGCGGGCCAAAUGGUCUGAAUAGCUUGAAUGGCGGCGCUGCUGAUGGUAGCGGGAAUGUUGGUGAGUUGAUGACAAACACGCUGGGACGCAACAAUCAUCAGCAUCAUCACCUCAACAGUCGCGGCUAUGCGGACGUGCCGAUAACGAACCCGCUAUUUCAACGCUCCAAUGGGGAUCUGAGCCACAUAAGUACCACCAAUGAAAAUGUCACUUUCGGCAAGCGUGACUAUGGACAGUUAGGUUUCUCUUACUUAAAUGAUUUAGAUCGUUCAGAGGUGGAGACGACAACGGAGCUGUAAAAAUUGAAGAUUUUGAAAACCAACGAAUAUUUACGACUAUUUUUUAAAAAGCUAAGAAAUUAGCAAACACUUAUGAGCCGCUAGCGAGUAGAUAAAAUCGAAUUAGAAAGCUAAAUUAUAAAAAACAACAUACUAUAAUGAUUUUUGACUGCUGUUUACAUACUAAAAAUCUGCUAACUUCUCUCUGCGCUCGCUCUUUUGGGGCGGCUCAUUUGUUAGAGCAAACGAACAAUAAUAAUAAAAAUAACCCACACAAUGCCAAACUGAAAUAGUUUAGGAAAAUCAACUAAAUACCUUGACUCAUAAGUACUGUAUGAUAAUAAAACAUAAUGUGUAUGUGUAAUGUUAAAUAAUUGCAUUACUUAGCUGCCACUGCAUACAAAUAUUCAGUUUGUAGAAGUUUUAAAUGAAAAUUUUCAUUUUCCGAACGAAAAUAUGUUGCGAUUUAUUAUACAUAUACAUGUAUGUGUGUAUGUAACGAAAUGUUGCCAUUAAGUAAUCAAACUUAGUUAAGCUCAAUAUGAAGUAAUCUAAAAUUAGCUUUUCUACUGCAAAUGUAUGUAUGUAAUAUAGUAAUUAAGUAGCCUAAGCUUGUAAAUACCACUAGAAAUACAUAUUAGGUAUGCAAAUUUAUCAAGUUCUUUGUAUGUAUAUGUAUAUUAAUAAAUAAGUAUUUGUAAAAUGCAGCUGUUGAAUGUAAUGAUUACUGUUUCGCGUAUGAGAAAUAUGUUUUAGGUGAAAAUACAUUUUUUAAAGUCAUUAGUUGUUAGAAAGCGUGAAAAGAGUAGGCAUAAUAUUGAGCAUUAAAAUUUGUGUGGAAAAAUGUAUACUUUACGCUUGAAAUGUUUAGUUGUUGUAGGAAAUUUUUGAAUUGAAAAGUAUGUUUCUAAAAAGGUUUAAUGAAACUGUAUGAAGAAGAAAGAAAUAUUGAACACAAACAGCUUUAUAAAACUUUAAAUAUUUUCUGGAUGUUAAUUAUGUUGUUGUUGUAGCUGCAUAAUGUAACUGUUGAAACAACUUUUGUCACUUCAGCUUGCAUUGCAAACAACUAUUUCAAGUAUAUUUCGGCUAAUACAACAACAACAAUACGCUAUGCAUUGCGCUCAUUCGCUUGUUAUUGUUGUUUUGGUAGAACAAACCUAAAAUUAUACAAGCUAAAUGAUAUAAAUAAUUAAUUUAUAUAAUCAAAAUGAGCCGCUAGUACUUAUUAUAUACGAAUAUGUUUAAAAAAUAUUUAGCGUAAGUUAAAUAUAUUUAGAAUUGCUAAAAAAAAGGAAAUGGAAACUUGGUUAAAUCUUUUUCUAUAAACCCAACUAUUUUUCUGUAAAAAUCAUAGCCAUUUAAAACGCCCGUUUAGGAGAAGAAUACAAGCUCGAAAUACAUCCACUAUGUUGAAUAGCCAUACUCAUGUUGCCAGCAACAGGUUGCAAGCCAAGUCUAAAUUUGUGAUAAUUAUUUCCAACAAAUUAUAUAUGUAUGUAUAUUCAAAUUUGCGGUAUUUAAGCAACCAUAUUUCCAUCGAAUUUUCAGCCACAUGUUGCUGAAACAAAUGUUGCACGCCAAUUCUAAACUUGUGAUAAAUAUUUUCAUCAAAUUGUAUAUGUAUAUAUUUUCGGUAUUUGAACAAGCCCAGCGAAUUCUUAGCAACAUGUUGCUGAGAAACAAAUGUUGCAAAGCCAUGUUUCUUACAGCGCGUAUGUUGCAAAUGAGAAUUUAUUGCAAUAAUCGAAAACAUAAUUGCCAACAACAAAAAAAUGUUGCUGGCAACAUGUUGCAGCAAUAUACAAAGUGUUAUUUAUGCUUAAAUUUUGAUAUAAGGUGGAAAUGUUAGCGAUUGUUUUCUUCAAAUUUCACUUUAAAAAUAUUUUGAAAAAAAAAAUUUACUAAACGUACUAUCCUCACAUAAAAAUUUUGUUAUGCCUAUGAUUUUCAUAAUAUUUUUUGCAAUUAUUUUCCAUUUGAUACCAAAAAAAACCUCUAAUUGGUAACUACUAUUUCCGAUAUAACUCUCUUUAUCAAAAUUCUCGCUUCAGCAAUUUCUCUUUUUAGAUAAAUGUAUUUGAACGCCCAAAAUUUAUGUGAAGCUCUAAAAACUUUGAAAUAGCAAAAAUACAUUGCUUAAAGGAUGUUUAUAGAAUAAUAAAAAUUUGUAAAAACCGUUAAUUUUUUAGCUGUAUAAAUAAACAAGAAUGCAUGUAAUUAUAACUAAAGUAGUAAUUAGAAUAAUUUAGUGUAUGUAUGCAGCGAACAAAAAUGUAUGUACAUAAAUUGGUUAAAGAGCGAAAUUAUAUGCCUAAACUUGACUAGUUAAAUAAAUAUCGAAUUAAUAAAAUAUAAAAAA